AGAUUGAGGAUCUUGAAAAUAACAUAAAAGCAUCUGAAGAUGAAAUGGACAUGAUAGACCGAAGUCUACGUCUAAGAAGAUUGUCAGAGAAUGAAAGGUAGUUCGACGACUUCAUGAUCUGCAUUCUGAUAAGAUAAAAAUUACUUGAAGUUGGUUCUUCAUGUUAAAGUGAACAAGAACUUUGUGUUCUGCAGUCGUUGAUACAUGUGUUCCAUAAGUGGACCAUUUUACAAACUUCAGUGUGAACCUUAUAAUUGCUCUUUUGACUCCUAUUUUUAGUUCUGUUACAUUGCAGUGAGACUUAUGUCCUUUUCAAGUAAUAAACUAGCCUGUUCCAGGCUCAGAGAUAGUAAGGAAAGUGGAUCAAGAAAAGUUGCAAGAAAACCACAUGGGGGCUGGGGAGAGACAGAUUAGUGGGGCCUGUAAGCAUUGUUUUCAAUACCUCAUUCCAGUUUACCAGUUCCAGGUAUAUCUUAUGAUUGGUCAAUUGUGACAUUUCAGGGACAUGUUCAUUUUUAAUGGGGGAGAGGGGGGGGGGAUUUGGCAAGUACCUCCCAAAUUAAUUGAGAUGACCCCCCCCCCCCUCAAAAGAAAAGAAAAGAAAGGAAAAAAAAGGGAAAGAAAAAAAAGAGAGGGGGGGAAAAAAAAAAAAGAAAAAAGGAUAAAAGAGUUUUUUUUACUUUUCCCAGAUAACAAUUCAAAUUAUAAAUUUUUUUAUGUUUUUUUUCAUUUUUAGUGGAAAAAAUUUCCUUUUAAGUACCUCCCAAAUUAAUUGAGAUGACCCCCCCCCCCUCCAAAGGAAAGGAAAGGAAAGGAAACAAAAGGUAAAGAAAGAAAGAGAGAGAGGACAAAGAAAAAAAUGACAUAUGUCUAACUGAGUUUUGUUACUCUUUCCUAAUGAAACAUUCAAUUUGGAAUGCUUCUAAGCUUUGUUUGCAUUGUAGUGGGAUAGAAUUUCCUUUUGGUGCAUAAAGCCUGGUUCUCAUAUGCUGCCGAGCUACCUGUGACAUAGAUGCCUGUACUGCCUGUGACACCGUUCUGAUAUGAGAACAGAAGUCCCCGGCAACAGAGGCCAUGUCAGUCUUUACCGCCAUUAUGCCUGCAAAGUUGACUCGAGUUCGACUUUGCUGGCUUGCCGACGGUUUAAAAGACCUGCGAUGUUUCUUGUUGCUGGCGCCGUUAUGUCCUCAUAUGUUGGAUUGGUAUCGCAGGCAGUACCAGUGGCUAUGUUGUAGGUACUUUGGCGGCAUAUGAGAACUAGGCUUAACAAAGAAGGUGUCUGGGGGCAUGCUUCCACAGAAAAGUCCGAACUUUCUGAAUGUUUUUGGCAUUCUGGUAGGCUGUUUGCAUUUUCACAAAAGCCGUCACUGACCCGGCCUUUAAAAGCAUAUUUUUUCAUGCCUCCUCCCCACCUCAAAUCCCACCAGCCCCCCCUACAUAUAAAAAGUAAAUGGUCCUUUACUUUGCUUGGACAGAGUCUAACAAAACUUGUUGAGGAUGUAAAUUUUUUGGGCACACAGGUCAAUUUUUCUGAUCCCAUCUCCAUACGCAAGCCAUGGGACAACUGUUUUGCAGUUCCCAACCAACAGCUACCACUUGUCUGUGGUGGAGCUAGUGCUUAAAGGAGUGCUUUGCACUCACCUUGGCAUUCUAAAGGGUCUUUGAUAGGUGAGUUUGCCUGCUCACAGACCUGAUGGCUAUGCCAUGCUGAUGAGCCCCCAUAAGGGCAAAACAGCUGUCCAUGACUGCCACUGCUAGGGUGAUAUGGUUGUGUGAAUGUGUAAAGUAAUGGCUGUACCACAUAGUUGGUACGUGUGCUUUAUUGCUGAUAUUGGUAAAAACCCUCCUACACCGCACCUUUCGAUGUUUUGACAUUUUGACUCAAGAAACGGUCUUUCAGGAUGUGGGUAGGUUAGGGUGGAUUGAGGUAUUUGACAAAAUGCUAACAGGCUCUCCCCUUCUCUAUUCCUGUCGUCCCCUCAUUUUUUUCCAACCCUGCUUGUUCGCUUUUUACGCUUGUUCGCACUGAUCAAGAGCAUGGCAUAGGCUAGUAGUAAGCUGAGAUUAAACUCGGUAAGAACCGAACUGUUUAAAGGAACAUCAUAGUCGAUCAUCAUAGUGGUUUUCUUAAUAAUAAUUUAUAUGUUGCUUUUUGUAACUGUUUCCUCAAAUUAUUUCGUUGAAUGCAUUGUGAGUUAUUUUCAAAUUUAAGUUCUCUUUUAAUGACUUGUAUGCAGUGAUAAUGGAUUAAUUUAACUAAAAACUGAAUAAACUUUGGUAGGUUCCCUGUUUUUACCCCUAAUUACCAAAAAACAAAACAACAACAAAAACAGUGACAAAUUAUAAUGCCAUCAUCCCAUAAGGUGAUCGUUUAUUGAGUUUAUAUUGGGAAUUGAUUGUGGAAAUAGUAUGAAAUAAUCUGAUUUUACCUGUGGUUGCGUGUAUAGUAAAAAAAAAAAUUUCUGAUAUUUUUUUACUGAAAUGUCUGAUAUAAAGUUUUACUGAUAUAAUAAGUAUGCCAAAUGAAUUUUGGACAAAUAUUUGGAGCAGAAAUCCAUAAAUAGAAACUCAUUCAGAAUUCAGCUGUAAAAUUGUAUUGCAAUUGUUAUUGUUAAUUGUUUCCUCUCAAUGUAAGGGCAUUCAUAAGAUUGAAAAUUGUUACACUAUUAGGUUAGACUUGGAGCAUAAAAUGAAGCAGUUACAAGAGCAAAUCAAGGAAAAUGGUAAGCAUUAGUUUAAUUUAACAGGUCAUUAUCAACAUACAAGGUGCAUCUUGUAGUCUAGUAAUUGGCCUACGCUUCUGUUAAAAAAGAAGAAUCUUCAUAAUAGCAGUUGUCACCGAUUGAGUGGUAUAUUUAUACAUUUUUGCCAUGAUUUAGAGGAAGAAGUUCGCGUAGUUCGCUUUGCAUAAGCAUGUGUUAUCAAUGAUGCCAAAUUACAUACGGGGAAAACAUUUUAGGCGUGUUUUGUCAAAGUUCUAUUUAUCAGUUCCAGAUUUGGAAAUGGUAAUCAAAAAUUAGCCACGGAAUUCUCUGGAAAAUCUGAACCAUUUACAGAGAUAGUGAAAUCUCUAUAAUCAUGAAUUUACAGACUUUAUACAAGAGUGCAAAAACACACGGAACACAAAAUGUCUGUAAAAUCAUUUUUGCAGACAUUUCAUACAGUUUUUUAAUAUCUGCAUUUCUAGAAUGUUUAUGAAAUAACUACAAAUUUCAGCUACUAAAUUUCAACGAAUCUAGAACGGAGAAGUAUUUUGAAUGAGUAAUAAUGCUUAUUAUAUAUAUACUGAGAAAUACUCACCAAAAAGCUAUGUCGUAAAUUUUCGUACGCAAAUUAGUUCUAGCCAAUCAGAGGAGCGAACGAUGGUUUUCACAUGUGAAAAAAAAUGAUACGUCCAAUCAGAAUCGCGAACGAUGUUUUUUCACGUGUGACAAAAAUGAUACGUCCACAGAGGUGUGCGAGUUUCGCGCCAAAAUUCCCCCCUUUUAUUGCAGUUUGCAGCGCCGCUUCGCACACAUUCAACGUGAAAAGUUUUACUCAAUGAGUUUUUCUCGCCAAAAAAGUGAAAAACAUUUCGGAAAUGGAGUGCAAUAGUUUCGUUUGUUUCACUGUCGAUAAAGAAAACGGUAGAGAGCCGGCGAAACAACAGCGGAAAGGGGUAAACAGAACGAGACGUAAGCUUUUGUUGUGCCUUUUCUUGUAGCGGCAAAUUUUAGCAUUUUUGAAAGAUUUAAAAUAAAAAGGCCGCCAAAAUGAUGAAUGUCUCAGUAUGUAAUAAAAAACUAUAUAAUAAACACAAUACCACAUGGAAAGUGCUUUGUACGGUAUUUACGCACUCGUUAUUUUUGUAUCAGAAAUCUUACUCGUUCGCUGCGCUCACUCGUUCGAUUUCUGAUACGUCAACAACUCGUGCGUAAAUACCGUACGCCAGCACUUUCCAUGAAGUAUUCUCUACCGAUCAUAGGUUUCAAUGGCGUCGUGGGUGAUCAUUAGAUUAAGGUGCAAAAAGAAAUAUUCAACAAAUGUAUAUUCUGCGUUUUCAGAUUACCAAAAUACAUUUAGAACUUAUUAUUAUUACUAUUGUUAUUAUUAUUAUUAUUAUUAUUAUUAUUAUUAUUAUUAUUAUUACUAUUACUAUUACUAUUAUUAUUAUUAUUAUUUUUGUUAUUUUAUUACAGAGAGAGACCUUGGAAGGUUACGAAAAGAAAACCGAAAAUCCAUGCUCAUGUCUGUUGCAAUCCUUGCCCUCUUCAUCGUUGCAUACUUAAUAAUAACCAGCUAGCGACAAAUCUUAGAGGAAAUGUGUAGAAUGUAAUUAUUUAUAAUGAUAAGAAUGUUAUUCAAAGAAAAUGUCAUUUACUACGAUUAUACACCCAUCUGCAGCGUCUGAACACCUUAUACUUACCUAUAUA